GGAGGCAGCUUCCUGCAACCUCGAAGAAAGAAAAAAUCAAACACGCGAGAGGGAGCAGCCAGCCAGCCAGCCAGCAGCAGCAGCCUAUAAAUCGAGGCCAGCGCUGUUCCUCGUGACAAUCAUCCCCAUCAACAACACAGAUCGAUUUCGAUCUAAAGGCAAUGGCGAUUGCUGCAUUAGAGCUGCUCUACGUGCUGGGAAGCUUGGUGGCGCUACGGCUGGCAUGGCAGGUGCUGGAGUGGGGCUGGCUGAGCCCGCGGAGGCUGGGCCGGGCGCUGCGGGCCGAGGGCCUCCGCGGCACGGCGUACCGCUUCCCGGCCGGCGACGCCAAGGACGAGGAGCGUCUCCUGGCGGCGGCGCGGGCCAAGCCGAUGCCUUCGCUCUCGCACGCGAUCAGCGCUCGGGUGGGCCCGCUCGUCCACAACGCCAUCCACGAACACGGUAAAAUUUCGGUUGUCUGGAUCGGGCCUACCCCGAAAGUGAUCCUCAGCGACCCCAAGCUAGUCCGGGAAGUGCUGUCCAAGUCCAGCAAGUUCGGGGACUUCCAGAAACCCAAGCUGCCCUCCCACUUCAUCAAGCUGAUCGCCCAGGGGCUGACGGUUCACGAAGGUGAGAAGUGGGCGAUCCAUCGGAAGAUCAUCAGGUCUGCUUUCCUUGUCGAGAAGCUGAAGGAAAUGCUGCCGGCUUUUACUGCCUGCACCGGCGAGCUGAUGGGUCGAUGGGAGGAAUCGAUGGGGUGCGACGGCGCGCGCGAGAUAGAUGUCUGGCCGGAGAUGCAGGACCUCACCGGCGACGCCAUCUCCCGCGCGGCGUUCGGUAGCAGCUUGAUCGAAGGGAGAAGGAUCUUCCGGAUACAGGCCGAGCAAAUCAAGAUCGCCAACGAGAUGACAAACCUAUACAUCCCGGGUUACACCUACCUACCAACCAAGCCGAACAGAAGGAUCAAGGCAAACGCACGCGAGGUCGAAGCGCUGCUGAGAGGCAUCAUCACCAAGCGGGAGACCGCCAUGAAGAACGGCCAUGCCGACGACAGCGACCUGCUCGGCAAGCUAAUGCAGUCCAACGUUGAAGAGGCCCAUGGAGGCGGAGGAAGCUCCAAGCCGAUGAUGACCAUGGAAGACAUCAUCGGCGAGCUCAAGCUGUUCUACUUCGCCGGGAUGGAGACGACCUCGGCGCUGCUCGCGUGGACACUGAUCGUGCUCAGCAUGCACCCCGAGUGGCAAGACCGCGCGAGGGAGGAGGUCCUGGAGGUGUUCGGGAAGAACGAGCCCAACAUCAAUGGCACAAAUAGUUUAAAAGUGGUGACCAUGGUUCUAUACGAGGUCCUUAGGCUGUACCCACCGAUCAUAGAUCUUGAGCGGCAAACGUGGAAGGAAAUGGAGCUGGGAGGGGUCAGGUACCCACCCGGAGUGACACUUCUGCUGCCGAUACUGGCCAUUCACCAUGACCCGGACCUGUGGGGAGAAGACGUGGACCAGUUCAGGCCGGAGAGGUUUGCCGACGGCAUAUCCAAGGCGUCCAGAGACACGCCGGCGUUCUUCCCCUUCGGCUGGGGGCCGCGGAUCUGCGUCGGCCAGAACUUCGCGCUGCUGGAGGCCAAGGUAGCGCUGGCCAUGCUGCUGCAACGCUUCUCGUUUGGGCUCUCGCCGUCCUACACGCACGCGCCGUUCUCCGUCUCCACCGUGCAGCCGGAACACGGGGCGCAGAUCGUGGUCAAGAAAAUUUAAUCAUUUUAUUGUAUGUACUUAUUACAUAUAGUAUGGUCAUCCUGUCGUGUAUGCAUGGAUUUAUGUCGCUUCUCUCUAUAGAUAAAUAAAUGGUGUGUCUGAAAAUUAAAUUAUAUGCUAGUUUUACUUUUACGUGUGCACAAACUUAGUAGAUGUAUUGUCGUGCUGUACUACUGUACAACAGCACGGAAUAUUGUGAUGACAUAUAGCAUUUGAUUUGGCUGAGGUGA